AUGCCUCUCUCCGGACACUGCCUCUGCAAAGCCGUCACGUACACCGUGGACGUUGACGCCCCUGUGAUCACUGCCUAUGACCAUUGCGAUGACUGCCAACGCCAGAGUGGCUCGACCUACUCGCUCGUCGCUGUUGUCCCUAAGGAAAAGCUGAAGAUUGCCGGUCCCGUCAAGAGCUGGGCUGGCAAGGGCUCUUCCGGCCAUGCUGUCCACCGCAUCUUCUGCUCUGAGUGUGGUUCCCCCAUCGCUCAUGACCCUGAUGCCGCUCCCGAGAUCAUUGCCCUCAAGGCUGGCACUCUCGAUACUGAGAUCAAGAAGACCUUGAAGCCUGACACCGAGAUCUGGACUGUCAGCAAGCUUCCUUUCUGCCAGGAAUCCCUUGCCCGCCCUUUCAAGCACAUGCCUGAUAUUCUGCUUAAAAUGUCGACUGGCACUCUAUUUAUCUGUGACUCGCGCACUAACGUGAACUAUGAGAUCCCCAUUAACCAAAACGCAGUACGGGCGACCGAUCUUCAGGGUAUCCGGGCGCCUUCGCUCAAUAGCAAUCGCGCAAACCAAGUCGCCCAUGGAUUGCGUGUAUAUGAUCCCGGAUUGCAAAAUACGGCCGUGACACAGUCAACUAUCAGUUUCUCUGAUCAUGAACACGGUCUACUUCUGUAUCGAGGGUAUACCCUAGAGCAACUCUGGGGAUGCGAGUUCGAAGAAAUGUUCCAUCUCCUGCUAUGGGGGACAUAUCCCACAGCAAGUCAGCGUGAAGAGCUACGCCAGCGGCUGGCACAGUAUAUGCAAGAGGUCCCUGAUAUUGUGCGCCAGACUAUCUUCAAUCUUCCGAGGACAAGCAGCCCACUGCCGCUGAUUCUAGCCGGCCUUUCCGCCUACCUGGCCUGUAUACCCGAUGUGAUCCCAGCUACCGCAAAUGCGACAAUCUACCAAACAGACAUCAAACGAGCCGACCAAGUCAUCCUGCAAACCGUUGCCGCCUACGCUGUUGUCUUCGGAGCCACCCAGAAGACAAACCGCCCAGACCCUACACGCAUAUCCUGCUUCCGCCGCUUUGGUAACCUCAACGCCGAGCACGGAAUGGCCCUAAGUGUCUUCACGGCCCUAGUGACCGCCUCAUCCCUGACUGACCCGGUAUCCUGUCUGAUAUCUGCCGUGGCUGCCGCCCACGGACCCUUACACUUUGGUGCAACAGAGUCCGCCCAACGCGCUCUCCUUAACAUUGGAGAACCGAGCAAUGUCCCAGCCUUCAUCGAAGAAAUAAAAGCCGGAAAGCAAAAGUUAUUCGGCUAUGGCCACCGCACCUAUAAGGGAAUGGACCCACGCGUGCGUCCGAUCCAAAGUAUCCUGAAGGAUUUAACUGAUGUUCAUCAACCGCUAUUAAAAGUCGCCGAGACGAUCGAGGAGGCCGCUGCGAAAGACGAGUAUUUUAGUACACGGGGCUUGUAUCCUAAUGCGGACUUCUACGGUAACUUUGUGUUUACUGGAAUUGGCUUUGAGCCUGAGAUGAUUCCGGCGGCAAUGCUUGCUCAUCGCAUCAUGGGUAUUAUGGCGCACUGGAGAGAGUACAUGGUCACUCGUGGCAAGCUGUUUCGACCUAUUCAUUUGUAUACGGGCCAGGCAGAGCCUACUUCCGGACCCAGGCCUAGCAUAUAG